AAUAAUGAUAUAUUAUUUUCUAAAGUAUUAUUUUAUAUUAAAGACAGUUUUACUUCGAACGAUGAAAAACGUGGUUUUAGACAUCUGACGAAAUUAAGUCUAUAGAUUAGUUUAUAAAUUAGAAACUAAAUUAUAGGUCAUGAUUGAAGGAACUCAAAGUAUCGAAAAUUAGCCUUAAAAAAAUGCACAAGUACAUCAUAGAAUCUAAGAAUUUUAAUAGGAAGUAACAUCAUCGAUUGCGUUUCUUUACAUAAUUGAAAGAUUGAACAUGAGAAGAAAUAUGAAGUGCGAAUAUAAUUUUAUUUCGUCAACGUCGUCAAUCAUGACGGCUUUACGUUAGGAAAUAAAUAUUACCGUUACGUGAAGUUAUUGAUAGAUUUAUUAUGACUAACAGUGAAAAAGGCGAUUAACAUUAUGAAAAUAAGUAUUGCUAAACGGCCAAUCAGCGUAAUCUACUUACGGUCCUAACAGACCUAUACAACAGAUCUAUAAGUUUUUAUAACAAUUAGCGACAAAGCAUGAUAAUUGGCUCGUUUCUAGAAUGAAAAAUAAUCGACUACCGCCAAUCAGUGUAUUCGGCAUUACCAACUUGCUGUUGAUACCAACAUCCCUUUUCUUAUUAAAAAAUAAAAUGUCGGUCGGGUGAAGAGUAUACGGGGAGAGAGUAUCGUGUAUGAUACUGAAAAUUGAUUUAGUUAAAUACCGACGAGGACACGUAUAAAACGACGAACGCAUCAACGUUUGAAUCGUGAUCGUUAAUAACGAAUUAGUUUGAUCCCCUCUUCCAUAUUUUUUCCUCAUUUCGAUGAUUAAUGAAUAUCGUUGGUUUUGCAUGAAAAUUACCAUCGGUGCAUGUUAAUUUAUAUUUCAAUUGAAACAAAAAGUUUCGAUUAUAUGGAAAAAAGAACGACGAUAAGGGACAGGUGUGAGGUGAGUAAAAGCAUUACGAUAAAACUCCCUAGUUAUUAUCUGCGAUCGUAACAAAGUUGGCAUGCCUGACAUCGUGACCGUUUUGGCUUUUGCUCCUGGCUGCAAAUCAUUCUUCGCGUACGGCGUCGUUUCAGGAGUGUUCGUAAUACGUAAUUCUUAGCCCCCCAACUCCCUCCCUUACUCCCCUCUCUUUCUUUUUAACUCGUCUUCACCGGGUAAAGUGGAAAGGGAGAGAGGGUUCUGUUAGUGGCACGCAAUACCGAGACACGCACGUGUGACGCUGGACGAGAGCGAGAAGGGCUUCUAGUCGGUAGAGAGAGCAAUUAUUCGUGGAGAUCGGUUGGAUAGGAGGUGAUUGGUCGAAGCAAAGGCGCGUGCCGCGCCAAGAUACACUCCGAAGUGAAUGGGCGCGUUUCAUCGUCCGCAUUUCGGUGUACGGGUUCGUUAUUUGAUUCGCUAUUUGCCUCGGUCCUCUCCUCGGUUCGUCGUGCUGCCGCGCCGUAGGAGCGCGCAGUAUGUGCGCAGUGCGCUCCCACCGCGUGCGCGUAGUGUGUCUAACCCCCGCCGACGACUGCCAUCUUUGUCAAGUGGGUAACCUUUGUUGAUUUGUGUGAAAUGUGACGCCGUUGUCGCGAGAUAAUUGGUGAUCGGUGAUUAAGCGCGAAGCGCGUGUCGACGCGAUAAAGUGUUUAACGAUAGUGUUUUCCCUGGAGUAUCGUCGUCAUCUUGGAUACAUCAUAAAUGGAACUAUUUUGACCAGUGGGUCUUUACGAGAAAUCAAUAAAUUAUAACAAGAAAAAGGGAAAAAAGAAGGAGAAGAACAAGAAGAAAAGAAAAGGUGGACGAGGAGGAGAAGAUACGAAAGUGGCCGGUAGUGUGAUGGACCUUGCCAUCCGCAGGAUGUGAAGAAUGUCGCGAGCUCGGGACCAAACAUUGCCGAGCCUCGAUAUAUAAUAUAUCGCGGGCUCGGAGACAGUCCUCUCCCUCUCCGGUAGCCUGCCCUCCCGGUGGCUUUCCGAGAUGGACGAGAGCGAGUCAGCCGACACGUGGUCGGUCUGGUUCCUGGACGCGAUACGAAAGAUACGUAGCCAGAAACAGAGACCGAGCGUCGAACGAAUAUGUCACGCAAUAAGGCAGCAUCACAAUUUUCACGAAGAAGAGAUCGCGGAACAUCUCGAGGUUGCUGUCAAACGGGGCGACGUUCUUAAGAUCUUUAACAAGGGUCAAUCAUCUUACAAGGAUCCUGGUGGUUUGCAAUCGAAACCAUUGAAAGUUGGUAGAGGGACCGAUUUAAGCAAGGUUUUAGGCAAGGCUGUGAGGGAGCUUGGCGAGAGAGAUGGUUCCAGUUUGAAGAACAUCGAGAAGUACAUAAGGCAAAGUCAUACGGUAGAAGAGGAAGCUGAAGGAGAUCUCAGGACAGCUCUGAGACUUUCUGCGAAAAGGGCGGUCGAAAGGGGACUUGUUCUUCAAGACGGUAGGCUCUUCAGACAGCCCGACAGGCCGCCGUACCUCAAGAAACUUGGUAAUGCUGAAGGAGCGGCCCAUCACAGCCUGUCUCAGGAACCUCCCGCGCCCAAGUUACCGGCUCCGCUUCCAAUAUGCAGAGAAUGUCUUGGUGCGACGGUAGCCAGCAACAAUAACAACACCAAGCGUAAUAGUAUCACCGGUGGCAGCACAUCGGAAAAAUUGAGCAGGUGUAGCGUUUGCGGUGCAGCGUUACACAAUUCCUGCGCACCACCUGAACUUUCGAUACUCGUUGAUAGGGGUAUAACGUGGUCGUGUGACGAUUGUUCUCCAACGUGCGCGGGUUGUCAGUUGGAUCGAGAGUCCCAGAAUUAUUUGGUAAAGUGUGCUGGUUGCGUGAAAUGUUAUCAUCCUACCUGUUUGGAUCCGGCUUUGGAUAAGAAGAAUAAGGCACCUUGGAGAUGUCGACAUUGUCAAACGGCGCAUACGCCUGUUUCUAAGGAUGAUGGAAAGAAGAGCAAGGUGCAAGAUUCCUCAACGCUCGAAGAUACGCCGACGAGUGCGAGGAAGAGACUUAGCAAGUUACGUGAAAAUAGAAAGUCUACUGUAUCCAGAAAGAGCUUGACAGCGUCAACCCCGGGCAAGAAAGGAAACUCAGGAGUGGCUCAGGUGGACAGCAGCUCGGACGGUAAUGCGGGUGUUGUCUCCCCUCGUCAACUACCUUUGAUUCCUUCUCCUUUACCACAACCCCCCACCCCACUCGCAGGCCAGGGUAGGCUGCUCGAAGAAAAGAACGACCGGAUUUCCAAGGAAAAACAAAAGUUCUUUAGGCUGAGCAUGUUCAACGCGGAUCACAACAAAUUAAAGCGGGUGGGGGGCGGUGAUAAAUGUAGACCCUCACAGAACGUUAGUCCUAGGUCGACACGGGGUAACGCGAAUUUGAAGAAAGUCGUGCCUAGUAAAAGUGUACCACUAUCUAGUAGUAGCAGCAGCAGUAGCAGUGAGGCCAGUGAGAGCGACAGUUCUGAUGGGAGUGAUAGUACGGACGAUGACGAGGAGGAGGAGGAGGGUAAUAGUUCAAGCGAAUCCAGCGGCUCGUCUUCCUCGGAAGAGAGCCGGGAGGAAGAGCAGAACGAAACGCCGAAACCAAAGGGCCCCUUUUCUUGUGAUCUUAGCGAGGAUAAACCUUGGGGCUUCGCCGCGGCUGCUGCCAAGUUGAACACGGAAUCUCCUUUCUUUAGCAAUAUCAACAACACUUUCGGUGCGCCUUUACCUAAACUCGAUGUAAGCAAUACACCAACCUUCGGUAUUCAUAUACAGCCUGCCGCUAUUCUGGACGGUACAAAGAAGCAGAAAAAUGUGACAAAUAGUUUCGCGAGUAUGGAUAGUAAAAUAAAGCCCGGAGCUGGUCAGCUAAAAAGCCUCUUCGACGGACUAAGUCAUUUCUUUUCAGCUCCCACUAAUAGUAGAGCGAGGACAGGUGCUCAGGUACCGAAUUACGCACCCGGCAGAAGGAAAAGGUCCAACACCGACGAUGGGAAUAAAGCGAACAAAGUAUUUAAAACUAGUGCGGGACAAAGAGGCAAGCGGGAAGACUCACCUGAUGCUAGGAACAAGUCGAAAGAACGGAGAAAGAUCGAGGACAGCAACGAGGAAGUGGUAUCGAGAACUCCGAGACCGGGUAUUUUUGUACCUUCAAAUGAAAGCUUGUUCGGCUCUAUGAACAAUAAUGAGAAACCACCGAAAAUGACUCCCUCAAAUUUGGUUAAAACCGCGGUUAACAGUAAAAGGCACGAGCAUGAAAGAAGAAAAUUAAUGAAAGACGAUACGUCUUUGGUAAAGUGUGCUGACGCUGAUUUGUCCUCACCAUCGUCAUCGCCGUCUUCUUUGAUGAAACACGAACAGCAACAGUUACACUCGCGAAAGAAAGAAAAGGUCACGGAGGCGGCAGCUCAGUCACGCCACCCUGCGCCCGCUACUCCGAAAUCCGGCCUGUGCUCCGAUUCCCUCGUCAAAUCUAAUCCUAACCUUAAACCUAAUCCACGAGCCUGUACUAGCGCCAUCACCACCAACACCACCACGACACCCCGCGCGACACCCUGCUCCACCAGGAAGGAUGAACCGGUCGUACCCCAAACUUUACCACCUGGAGUGACACAAAAAGAUGUAGAAUUAUUCAAAGAAGCUCGCGACAGGGCGGCACGCUUGACAGUAACCAACGGCGACGAUGAGGAACCUUUGUCUAUUCAUGUCACAGGUGGCACAAGUAGCAACAAUACACGUAAUCCAGCAGCCAUUGUUUUUGGACGUUAUGAAGUAGAAACAUGGUACUCCAGUCCGUUCCCUCAAGAAUACGCAAGAUUACCAAAAUUAUUCUUUUGCGAAUUUUGUUUGAAGUACACGAAAAGUCGUGCUGUCUUAGACAGGCAUAUGGAUAAGUGUCAAUGGAGGCAUCCACCUGCUACAGAAAUUUAUAGGUGCAAUGGAUUGUCUGUAUUUGAGAUCGAUGGGAAUGUCAACAAGAUUUACUGUCAAAACUUGUGUUUGUUGGCAAAAUUAUUUUUAGAUCACAAAACUCUUUAUUAUGAUGUAGAACCCUUUUUAUUUUACGCUGUAACGAAGAAUGACAAAUAUGGCUGUCAUUUAAUAGGAUAUUUCAGUAAGGAGAAACACUGUCCUGCCCAAAGGUAUAAUGUCUCUUGCAUUAUGACGUUGCCGCAAUACCAAAGGCAGGGCUUUGGCAGAUUUCUCAUUGAAUUCAGUUAUCUUUUGUCCAAAGUCGAAGGAAUUCCUGGUACCCCGGAAAAACCACUAUCUGAUCUUGGGCGUGUAUCGUACCAUUCUUUUUGGAAAAGCGUUGUACUUGAGUAUUUAGAUGCACAUAGGAGUGCAACUGAAGUAAGAAUAGGUGAUAUAACAAAAGAGACUGGUGUGUCAGCUCACGAUAUUGCUAUGGCAAUGCAAUUAUUAGGAUUUAUUAAAACGGUUCAUUUGCCUGGCGAAGGAAAUUCUAAAAUCGCUAUUGUAGUCGAUUGGAGUAAAGUUGACUCACAUAUGACAAAAGUACGAAAAAGUUCCCGUAUCAGACUCGAUCCAGAUUGUUUACGAUGGAUACCAUUACUAACACAAAUACCUAAUCCUUAUCAAAGUCCCGAAGAAAGCGGUGAUGCCAGUUCAGAAGCUUCUCCAACCGUAGAACCUAAACCUGUACCAACGAUUGUUGAGAAAAUACAGAGGGUAAAAAUAAAGAAGAAACCACGGGGUAGAAGAAUAGGACAGCGAAAAUCAUCUCCUUUAAAACCAAAGACACCAGUAAGAUCAAGUCAACAGAAAGAGGUUGCAAAGGAUGGAAAAGAAGGAGAAGAAUCUAAAGUGCCUAAAGAAUCAAAGGUGACAAAUGAUAUUAUGGAAGAAAAAGAAACGAAAGAACAAGAUCAAGAUAAUAAUCAAAGUAGUAAUACUGGCAUAGAAAUUGAAAAAACUUCAGCGGAAAUGGAAGGUAAAAGUGUUGUAUCGACGCCAAGAAAUGUACGAGGAGGUAACGUUUCAAAAAACACUAAUACGUCAUCUAUAUCGAAAGUAACACCAGCUUCGGCGAUAUCAAGAAGAAGAAUUCGGGUAGCAAAGACCGCUGCCGUAGAAACACCGACAACCACGCCUUUAAGAAAACGAAAACAUUCCGAAAAAGUGGAAACCGAAGAAAAGGAGGAAAAGUCUGAAAUAAGUUCUAGAAAAAGGACUCGAGAAUCAUUAAGAGAAAAAGAACGGGAAAAAGAACGUGAACGGGAUAAAGAGAAAGAUAAAGAAAAAUCGAAAGAGAAAGACAAAUCUAAAGAUAAAGAUACUCAAAAGGAAAAACUUGUGGAAACAAGAAAAACACCUCCGAAGGUAGUAACACCAACGCCAUCAAUCAAUCAAAAGCCUGCAAAAAAACAAUGUAAAGUCGACGACAUUUUAUUAAAAGUAACUAGUAGGCAGACUAAAUGUUUACAAGCCAAGCAAACGAAAGAGAAAAAGAUGUCGGAAGAGAGUGAGUGUAAUGGAAAACAAGAUACAAAAGAGGUUGCUAAGACAUCCUCGAUAUCAAGGCGUGGGAGAGCAAAAGCGGCGGUAGUGGAGACACUAAAAAUGCCACAACUAAAACCAGAACCACCUGCAAAAGAUAGAGCUGAAAGUCCUGUUAUACCACCGCCAUCUCUGUCUCCUCCUCCCGACGACAUAAAAAAUACAUCUUUUACAGAUAAGCAAUUGCUUUUACCGGAGCUACUACCGGGAAAAAUAAGCGAUAAAGAGGAUAGUAAGCUUGAAACGACAGAAGACAAUGCGAUUCCAAUUACGACGGAAUCGGAAGUAACAUCUGCAAGCCCAGGAGAGUACGAAGGUGGAGACGAAGACGAAGGUGAAGAAGAAGAUGAAGAAGAAGUACCUGCACCAAGAUCACAAUCUGUAGCACAAUUUGCAAGUGAAUUGGAGAACACGUCGAAAGAACGAAGCGAAGAUUUGGACCAAGUUGGUGAAAGCGACGAUAAUCAGGAUAAGAAAAAACCUUGUUUAUCAAACGUAGAGCCUGAACUACCAGUUGUUGGAGAUCAAGAAGAUAUUUUAAAAGUACAGGAAAAAGGCUCUGACAUAGGUAAGGCUGUUGAUUGUGUGGAGUCAUCUAAAUUGGUACCUGAAGUCUCUUUAUUAAAAGAAGACGAAGUUAAGAAGUCAGAAGUUUCCACGCAAGAAAAAGAUAUUUCUAAAGAAGAAACAAUGGUUUACGAACCAUCUGGUGAUUCAAAAGAAGACGAUACAACUCAUUUAAAACCAGAAAUAUCUCCUUCUACGCCUACAGAGAAGAAGGAACCUUUUUCAACUCCAAAUGUAGCUUCUCCAGAAGUGCAACCUCAUACUCCACAGGAGAAGCUUAUAUCGAUCACGGAACAACAAGAUACGUUACAAUUACAAAAUCAAUCCGAAGAGUUGAAACAGCAUUCACCGGAGAGUGGUAAGACAACACCACAUCUCGAAAAUCCUGGUUCAGUAAAAAGAACACCACCUUCGCAACCGGACUUACCUUCCAUGGGUGUAUACACACCUGAUUCCACAACAAAUUCUGUACAUUCGUUGCAUUAUGGCCAAUGUGAUUUAGACGUUAGUCAGCUUGGCUUAGAAUCUCCUACUUCUAUAGCCAGUGAUUUGGCAUCGCAAAACAGCGUAGAAAGGCCACCAAGUGCGUUACCAUCAAUGCCAGCUGGACCUGUUACGGUUCCGAUAUCAGUUUCGAUGCAAAUCACGGCACCGUCCACUUCGGUAUCGGUGAAUAUACCACAACAAGUCCAAUACGCUGAUUGUUCAAUGCCACAACAUACACCGCCAGCUCAUGUCAGUAUACAUCCGAUGCACCAACCUCAUACUCCGCAAUCUCUUCAACAACCACGAACUCCGCAAUCUCAUACUCCUCAAAGUAUACCCACACAAAGUCCACAACCGUUACCGCAAAGUCACACGCCUCAGCCACUUCCUCAAUCUCAUACGCCACAACCUCUUCCGCAAUCUCAUACACCUCAAAAUAUACCAACGCAGAGUCCUCAGCCAAUGCCACAAAGUCAUACUCCUCAACCUUUACCUCAGUCACAUACUCCACAACCGAUGCAGUUAUCAAUGGCACAGCAGACACAAAGUCAAAGUAUGGCGCAUACGCAAUCGCAAACGACGCAACCACAACAGCCAUCGACUCAUCAACAGCAACAACAACAGCAGCAACAACCGCAACAGCAAACGCAACAGUCUCAUAGUAAUAAGAGGGCGAGUGGUUCUCAAACGACUCAUAGAUCAAGAUCUGCACAACAAAGUAGAUCUCAUCGAACGACACCACCGACGCCACAUACGCAAACAUCGCAACAUACAACAUCAUCGCAUACAAGUCACACUACUGUAGCCCAUUCGACUCAUAUACCCCAAUAUCAACAGUCGUCCUCUAUGAGCGUACCGCCUGUGCCGCAUCCACAUUCUCAUACGCAUGCUGCACAUUCUCACAAUAUGGCUGUCAUUUCUCAAGGAAAUUACAUGGCCGUGGCAUCACAAGGUUUUCCUACUCAGAAUACUUAUGUGAUACAACAUCGAAGUAGUAGAUCCGGUGCACCAACGCCAUGUACUACCGCCACUAAUUUCUACAUACAAACGAGUGCGAUGCCACCACAUUCGCAUACGCCGGCACCAUCUCUUUCUGGUUCGAGUAAUCAUCAGACAACGAAUUCCUGUAGUUUGGCAAAAUUGCAGCAGCUGACCAACGGUUUGGAGAUGAUACCACCUACACCACCACCGGCUAUGAAUCUGACACCACCACCGCCCAUACCACAUACCAUGACGCCACCGCAGACCUCGAGGCAAUUACCAACGCCUCCACAGGUACCUUUAGGUUAUGCAAAAAACUACUACAACGUGAAUACGGUACCACCAGGUACACCAGGACCACCAAGCAGAUCGGCAUCGAGGUCAUCGUCCAAUUCAAAUAUGCCGUCUCUUACUCAGCCUUAUCCCAGCGAGAGUCUCUAUCGACAAACCCUUGAUCCUGGUAGCACUUGUCCGCAGAUGCAAAGUGCCGCUAGCAGGGUCAGUCCGAACGUGGCAUUGAAUACGAAUCUCAUGGCUGCCGCACCAUACGGAUAUCGAGUCGCUCAACCGGCAACCGGAUACAUGAAUCAAGCGGCACAAUUGGGUGGCUUUAUGAACCAAGCGAGCCAAUUACCCGUUGGUGUUGUAAAUGUACCUGCACCUUAUUCUCAGGAUCCUCAUCAGCAGAAUCCAGCAGCGGUGUACACCACGUAUCACGGCUAUAUUAACGGAAGCCUCGCGAUGCAGCCAUUAAACGGUACCAUGAGGCCACGUUAGUUGUCUCGCUGAUUCCAUUUCUUUUUCAACGGCGAACUCCUCCAUAAUUCGUCGUAGCCGAUCAACGAACUAAUUUUAUCGGACAAGUGAACGCUCUCUAAGAUACCACGACCUUCCGUAUUUGUCGCCAUCAAUCAUCAUGAGCGUACCCCGGAUUAUCAUACUUCCCUGACUUUGCUUCCAGGUUCGUCCGACGUGAGCAUUCACAACUAUAGACAUCCUUUGGAUUUUUUGUACAGAUUGCCUCGGUUGCUACUCUUUUUACAGUGUCGUUUUUUAUCUCGCUCUCGUAUUUCGGUGAACACCAUUUAGUGUGACAGUAAAGAGUACAAAGUAGGAUAUGGUUGGUCGAAGUUAAGACUCAACGUUAUUUUGAAUUGUUACUUUAUCGAUUUCUCUCUUUCUUCUCUCUCUUUCUUUCUCCCUCUUUCUUUCUCUUUCUUUCUCUCUCUUUCUCUCUCUCUCUCUCUCUCUCUUUCUCUCUCUCUCUUUCUCUCUCUUUCUCUCUCUCUCCUUUCUUUCUCUUUUUUUCUCUUUCUUUUUUUUUUUACAACAUUUGUGAUUGUAGGAAUGAAAAAAAGAAGGCUCGGUAGUGGUAAUCGUAAAUGAAUACGUUAUUAGUAUCUAUAGGAUACAUUUUCUCCGAAAGGGGAUUAUUUAUAAUGUUGUAAGGGAGGAUGUUUUAGCAACAACCGUAGAUAUAAAUUUACAGUAUUUAACGUGGUCGUACGAUACAUUUUGGCUCCGCGAGAAAAAUAAGGUUUCGUGUUUCGUUUGAAGUGUUGUAUCCUAUUGUUGAAGGAUUCAUGCUGCACGGGCUUUCAACUUGUCGAUAAAGAUUAACGAUGUACAAUUACGCGUGAUAGUACGAAUUUGUAACUUGUGCAUUUAACGAUUGACACUUUCCGUGCCGCAUCAGUUUUGUGAUUAGUCAUUCAGACUACGUGAAUCACCAUUUGAUUCACGCAAUAUGUUCAUUAUAUUUGUUAAAUAAAUCAUGUUCCAUAAAGAUUACGAAAUUAGAAAAAUUAUUAUUGUAAAGAAAAAUUAAUGGAUUAUUAAUUAAGGAUUAAUGUUGUAUAUUGCAUUAUAAGUAAUAUACAUAAUAAUGAUUGUAAAUUAUAAAUAUAAUAAUUGUAUAUCGACAGAUAAUAUCAGAAAAUAUUUUCUAAAUUUUUUGUUUUUAUAACUAUUGUAAAAUAUCAAACGGCAUGGAACGUGUUAAAUAUCGUUCUGGAUAUCAGUUUAAAAAGGCCAAUGUAGGCCCAUCGAUUUGUCUUUUCAAAUCGAUCAAAGUGAAUACAUACGUA